GCCCGCCUGUCGACACACUCUUGGCCCCUCCAGCAUGGCCUACAACAACCAAUAUCCUCAGCAGCCGCAAGCAGCAUACGGCAACGACGGCAAGGGCCCGCAGCAGUACGGGUACGGAGGUGGCGGGUACGCUCAGCAGCAGGGCGGGUACCCGCAGCAGGGCGGUGCCGCGCAGGGCUACUACGGCCCGCCGCAGGGCCAGCCGGGCUACGGCCAGCCUCCUUACGGUCAGCAGCCGUACGGCCAGGCGCCUUAUGGCCAGCAGCCGCAGAUGGUCAUGGUGCAGCAGCGACCUCAGGGUGGAGGAGGCGGUGGCGGCUCGGGCUGCUGCCUGGGAUGCUGCGCGGCCAUUGCAGCUUGCUGCUGCCUCGACGCCAUCUUCUAAGGCGCACACAGACCCUCGACCUCUCUCUGUAUACCCCUUUUGUCGUCUCCACAUCUCUCGUCCUGUCGAUGUCUCGCGCCCGCUCUCGUAAUUUUCCGGUUUCCCUCGCCCAC